AUGAAAUUAAUUUAUAACUUACGGUUAAAUCAUUAUGGAGUGAGACAAAUCUUUUCUAAAAAAAAUAUUUAUUCGUCAAAAAUUAAUCUCUAUCCACUAUAACAAAUCUAUUACUUUCAAGUGCACCCCUUAAUUGCUAUCAUUUUUGUAGCAAAGGUUCGUUCAGCUAAGAAGGGAUGAAUGUGUUUUAAUCGUAUAAAAUGGGGCUACACUGGAAGUUUGCCAACGUUUCGAGGAUUUUGAAAACUAUAGGGGCUUAAAUAAAAUAGUGCAACGUUCAGAUAAAUUUCAUCGGACCAUAAUUAGAGCGACGCCAUCGAUGGCAGGUGGAGAGAGAGCGGGAGUAGAAGAACAAAAGCGCAUCAAUCGCCGAUCCUCUCUCGGUAGCCAUUGCUCGCCCUCCCUCUCCUUCCUUCCUUCUUUCAUCCGCCCUCGGUUCCUCCGCCCUCGGUUCCUCCGCGGUCACCUUCUAGGGCUUGGGUUUCCGCCUCCCGACGCGGGGAGAUGGGGCAGCAAACGCUGAUCUACAGCUUCGUCGCCCGGGGCACCGUCAUCCUGGCGGAGUACACCGCCUUCACCGGAAACUUCAACUCCGUCGCCUCCCAAUGCCUCCAGAAGCUCCCCUCCUCCAACAACAGGUUCACCUACAACUGCGACGGCCACACCUUCAAUUACCUCGUCGAGAACGGCUUAACGUACUGUGUAGUUGCUGUUGAAUCAGCUGGCAAGCAAAUUCCCAUUGCCUUCCUGGAGAGGGUCAAGGAGGAUUUCAGUAAAAAAUAUGGAGCCAAAGCAGUAACUGCCUCAGCCAAUGGCCUAAACCGCGAAUACAAAUCCAAGCUUAAAGAGCACAUGCAAUUCUGUAUCGAUCACCCGGAAGAGAUAAACAAGAUAGCCAAAGUGAAAGCUCAAGUUUCUGAAGUAAAAGGAGUCAUGAUGGAAAACAUUGAGAAGGUUCUUGAGCGUGGUGAGAAAAUUGAACUUCUUGUCGAUAAGACUGAUGAUCUUCGCUCCCAGGCCCAAGAUUUCAGGCAACAAGGCACAAAGCUGAAGAGGAAGAUGUGGGUAGACAAUAUGAAGAUUAAGCUAGCUGUUUUCGGUAUCAUCGCCCUCCUCAUUCUCCUCAUAAUCCUAUCAAUUUGCCCUGGCUUCAGGUGCUUCUGAUGUGGUUAUCAUCAGUUCCAUAUCGAAUUGGUUCUCAAUGUUUCGAGGCAAUUUCGUUUAAUUCUAUAUGACGUUAUAAAAACGGUGAAACCGUGAUCUUGGCGGCCCCGAGGACGACCCUUAUCAUUCUAUUAUUUAUAAUGUUUUGUGUAUAUAUUUGACUCUUCACAUAUGUAAUUUUUUGGUUGAAACAUUUGUAUCUUCAAGAGCUGAAACUUAGUUCAGUUUGUUUGGCAUAAAAUAUUU